ACGAUCUUUGUGCUGCACACGAAAAGGAAAUGAAACGGUGACUUCUCCAUUCCGAAAUCCCCCCCCCCCCUCAUCUUUAGCUGUAACGAAUGUUUGUUCGAUCGAAAUCCUUGAGAGACGUAACGUUUAUUCAUCGGUCUUCGGGUUUUUGGCUGGUUUUUGGCUUUCCCCUUAUGUGGAGCCUGCUGUUCACCGUGGGGAAUUUGCUCCAUGUGAAAUUCUAGGCGCCAGAUUUACCGAGCUCGACUGCACAAAGUUGAUAGGCAAGCUAGCUAGCCAGCCUACUAGCUAACUUUUAGCUAGCUUACUUGCUGACUAGCUUGCAGUGCUGGUCGGGGAGCUCAAUUUUGUCAACGGUUUUCGGGGUGUCGUUUUGUCAUUGUACAGAAACUGGGUGUGAUUAUUUUCCUGAAAUCCGAAAAUUGUUUUCGGUGAGGUUUAGAGUUGUAAGACAAUUGUUCCUAGCUAGCGUGCUCGAUAUAGCCUGCUAGCUAAUACCUCGCGUAUUUAUCUUGGAAGCCAAUUCAAGGCCUCAGUCCAGCACCACCAUCAGCUGCCACUACCACCAUAGUAUUUGCAUCGUGCAGUGAGAGUUGACAGCUUCCUUGGUGACACAGAGACUUCUCCCUGAGGAGCCAAGAAGCAGACGGCUCAUGACUUCUGACCAGGACACGAAAGUUGUAGCUGAACCACAGGUGCAGCAAGUACAAGAGGCAAAAGAGAACUCUCAUUUGAGGGAGUGUACAGCAGUAAGAGAACCAAGAUUGGAUGGCAUUUAUUCGACCCAUUCAAAUGAUACUGCCUCAGGGGAAUCCGCCAAGGUUUCAGACCUCAACCCCAAUGCGAAAGCAUGGGGCAACCACAUGUUUAGCCUGGACCCCAGUGGGAGUACUGAUACCACAACAGCUGCCCUGCAGCCAUGGAAGGAAGGCUGUGAUAGUUUGGCCGAUCCCGGCCCAGAAGACUAUGAAGCCAGUGAUGACAAAGCUUGCAGGAAGCCCCUACUAACCAACCCAGAUGAGCCUCCACCAGUGCCAGUAAUGCUGGCCGAGCCGACCACUGUGGCCUCCAUCAGUGUGGAGUGCUCUGAACCAGCCUACACAGUAUACCCCGAGCCUGGGCAGCCUUUGCACACAGCAGGCAGUGAUCCCCAGCCUGAGAAUCCCCAGGAGGGCUUGAGGGAGCACCUGAAGAAGACCCUGGAGUUCUGUCUUUCCCGGGAGAAUCUGGCCAGUGACAUGUACCUCAUCUCCCAGAUGGACAGCGACCAGUAUGUGCCAAUUGUGACUGUGGCCAACCUGGACCACAUCAAAAAGCUCAGCACUGACGUGGAGCUGAUCGUGGACAUUUUACGAUCUCUCCCAUUGGUCCAGGUGGAUGACAAGGGGGAGAAGGUGCGACCCAAUCAGAAUCGCUGCAUUGUGAUCCUCAGAGAGGUUCCAGAGAGUACACCUAUAGAGGAGGUUGAGGCUCUUUUUAAAGGGGACAACUUACCCAAGUUCAUCAACUGUGAAUUUGCCUACAAUGACAACUGGUUUAUCACCUUUGAAUCAGAAGCAGAUGCGCAACAGGCAUAUCAAUAUCUCCGUGAGGAGGUGAAGACCUUCCAAGGGAAGCCAAUUAAGGCGAGGAUAAAGGCGAAGGCAAUCGCUAUCAACACUUUCAUACCAAAGAAUGGUUACAGGCCAGUGGAGGUUAACCCGUAUGUCCAGCGCUACACGUCUUACUACAUCCCACCUGUUUACAGCCCCCAGCAGCAGUUCCCCCUCUAUGGCCUCAUCACACCGCAGGCCUGGUCGGCAACACACAGCUUCAUUGACCCUUCACUGGUUCCCCCAUUUCACAGCAGCCAGUUCAUCAAUGGAUUUACGACAUCACACAGUUUCAAGCCAACGACAUCACCCCUUGCUGUUGGACACUACUCCCCCAGGAACAGGAAUCACAGUAAACCUCACUUGAGGCCGACAGUCCCCACAGCAGACCGCAGCACUGGCCUUUUGGACAGCCCAGCACUCUUUCCCAGCUUCCCCAGCGAGAGACUCAAUGGAGUUCGAAGCAGCCCGCCGACACGGCUCUCCACCGGCCAGCCCAGAACCAGGUUACCCUCCAGCACGGCUUUCCCCCGCAGGGACACUGUGGGCACGGGGCGAGUAACUGAGCACACAACCACAGACUACUCGCUGGGUGUCGGUCGAGGAAGGAAAAAUGUUUCUGCUUCUAGGAAAAAGAGGGACGAAAAGUUUACAAGAGUGACACCCCAGUCGCCGCCGCCUCCUCCUCCCAAACCCCCAUCUCCGAGCUUUGAGUUGGGCCUCUCCAGCUUCCCUCCCCUGCCUGGAGCAGCUGGCCAGCUCAAGACAGAUGACGUAUUCGACAGCCGGCCGGCCAGCAGCAUUGUUGUCGGAACCACCAAGGAACGGAAUGUAAGUGCUGAGUCCAGCACUGGGGGAGCGGUCUCUCCAGUGGGCCCCAAAGAGCCUCUUCGGUCCUCCACCUCCCCAAUGCCUACAAGCUUCCAGUCCUCGCCAACCACAGAGACCCCCACCUCGGCACUGACGCUGUCCCCAGCCACCGCCCCGCCGCACAGUCCCGCUCCCUCCCUGCCAGCAGCGGAGGUGAAGGCAACAGAGGUGAAGUUGAAGGAGAUACCGCUGUCUGUAGAGCGAGUCCCCGGCACUCUGUCCACUGCAAGCAAAUCAGUGCAAGUCAACGGUGCUGCCACAGAGCUGAGGAAGCCCUCCUAUGCUGAGAUCUGCCAGCGCGUGAAGGAUGCCCCAACAUUACAGCAGCCCGCGACCCCAAAGGAAGCCAAGCCAGCCUGCACGGCCCCCGCAGGCGAGGAGAGGAAGUUUCCCGAUGCUUCUAUCCUAGCAGGGGAGACUAAAGCCAGAGAGACAUGCCCCCCCUCCUCCAAAUCCAGUUCGAUGGCUGUCACCCCAGGAAGACCUGCGAGGGAGGCCCGAAGGCCGGGCGGGCGGUGGGCCUCCCCACCCUCACACCCAGGGAAACCCCCCAGCAAAGAUCCCCACCACACUCCACCCAAGUCACCACAGUAGGGAGACUUCCUGCCUCUCCCUGGAUUCUCCAACUCCCCCCCAUGCUCCACAGAUGCGUUUAAAAAAAAGGAAAUCUAAGUCAGGGCUACUCGACACUUAUCCAACUCACCACUCGCAAACAAGCAUAGAGGACGCCUUCUUUCCUGGGUCAGGGCCUGCAGACAAAAAGCACUUUACUGUGCAUGUAGAGCACCGUUUCAUUCUUUUUACUCUAUUUAUUUGCUUCUUUAAUUUUAAACUUUCUCUUAUUUCUCCUUUUCUCUUUUUUGCAUUAUGUAGUUGUGCCAGUGUGCAGUUGGCACCGACAGCACUGAAAUUCAUUCAUUCUGCCCAAACAGCCUUCUGGGACUUAAAUUAGUCUAGUGUGCACAGCAGCAGGGCAUUGUUGGCUGAUGGCAUGUUGAGUGGCACCGGAGUGCAACAUUAUGUAGCUUAAUUAUGGCUCAUAAUUACCAGGUGUGAUUUUAAUACAUAUUCACUUCCAUAUGCAACUUAAGAUCUGAAUCACAAUGAAUCUUGGAUUCUGUGGUUUACAUCACCUCAGUCAUUUCUUUCAACUUAUUUGCCCUUAUUUACAUGUUCCUUUGUUUUUUACAAGUUCAGCUUUGUUUGCAGACUGUUGUUGUACAGAUAGUGCUGGUGAUCGUUGCUGGGUGUCUCCUUAGCGUUUUCCUUCUCUGAUCAUUUCUCUCUCUCUCUGUGGUUAUUUUUGUUGUGCUAACACUGCUAACUGGCUAGUUAUGUUACAUAGCUUUUGUCUAACAGGGCCGUUUUUAGUGCCAGGCAGGAGUGAUGUCUAUCUGCAACUAAAACAAAAAAUUAGCAAGCAAGGCCAGAAUUUGUUUGUUGCAAAUGUCUAAGUGGGUUUAGAUGGUUUAGAUGGCAAAAUUUUCUUGGCAUUGCAUUUUUGAGGAAAGCAGAACAAGCAGCUGCAACGCUCUCCUCUUUUACUUCCUGUAAAAUUUGAUUGGAUUAAACGCAGCAGGUCCAGGACAAGGCAGGUCUCAUGCAGACAUUUAAAAUCCAGUUGUGCUGAUACAACAGCUGCUUUUCACCUAAAGCUGUUUGGUUCACUCUGGAAGCGAUGAAAAACUGGUGCAAAGGAAAUGAACACUAGCUACCAUUCAGACACCAUAACCCAAGUCAGUUUACCAAGGAGGUGGUGUGCUGAGACACUGUGACUCUUCAGGGGACAAGGAGCGUUGGUUUCCUGCUCGUGUCCAGAGUUUUGGUGACAGUGGGCUGUUUCUUGUUCAAACCAUUCAAACAGCAUGUUUCUCCUCCUAGAUAUGGUGCUAGACGUCCAGUCCCGGAAUCUGUUACUACAACUCAUCUGACACUGUACAUAGAAUACUUGAUUUACAUUUGCAAAAUUUUAUUUACACUGUUGGUGUUUUCUCAGACUUGCAGGUAUUAGAUUGUCUCAUCUGAAGCAAAAAAAGGGAAUUGGUCCUCAAAGUUAUGAAAUAAUUCAGUUUUCCAGGAGCAACGAAACUAAGACCCUGCACACAGUUGCUGGAGCCGUUUGGUUUGUGGUUCUGCCUGUUGAACGAGAGGUGUUUGUGAAGUCAUGUGGCGCUGCACAGAGUUGUCCAGGUUGUUAUAUUUAUUAUGGCCCGCUAUUGAUGCUGAGGUAAUUUUUUAUUUUUGUGGAAGAAGUUGGUGCUUGAAUAGAUGCAUCGGUUUAGAUUUGGCCUCUGUUUUGGUAUCGGUGAGAAUUUUCUUUGAACGAGUGCACAUAAAGCUGAUGGAUAUGGAAAGUGAGAUAGCUGAAUAGACCUAGGAUAUUUUUGAUGAAACUUAACCAAAGGAAAAUGAUAACUGGGUUGUUUGUAGCACAGUUGACCGUGUUAGCAUGUGAAAGAGAUUGUCUGGAGCUCGUGAACAGCGAUGAGUCGAGCAAAACAUUUAAACAAGCAGUUAACAGGCAGAAGAGCAGGCGCC